CAGUCAUACAAACUACAAGGUCGUCUCGGGUUUAUGAGCGAUAUUGGGUUCCUUUAUUCUAGUCAGUGUACCAUUAGGAAUUCGACAAUAACUCUCCAAAAUGAUAACCAAUCAACAGACUCCCAAAUAAAUAAACAUAGUCAAUUCGAAAGGAAUAUCCUAUACCUCUAUGAUUCCUAAUUUUUACUACCUCCUAAUCUCGACUUUUGGGGAAUUCCGGGGUUUUCCUCAAAGUCAUGUGAAAAUUCUUAGUUUUUUAUUAAACCAGGAAAUUUUCUGCGUCUACAGUCGUCUCCUCGAAAUUUACUUUUUUUCAACCGCCCCCUGAAAGUUGAUAUAAUUUCCACAAAGCCUUUCGCCACAUUCUCGAAGAUUGUUACUUCUCGUCCAUCUUAAAUUAAUACAAACUUUUUACUAACAAUGACCUAUGACCCUCGUAGUCUCACACCUGACGCAUGGAUUAGAAGAUGGGAUGCCAAUGAAACUGGAUGGCAUAUAAAUUUUGUUCAUAGGAGCUUGAUCACAUAUUGGAAUGAAUUAUGUCCAAAUGAUACCCCAGAUAAUAGAUUAUUUAUUCCAUUAUGUGGCAAAUCUGUUGACAUGGAAUGGCUCUAUCAAAAGAAAUCAUGUCAAAUUAUUGGAUGUGAUUUAGCUGAAAAUCCUUUACGUCAAUUUGUCAAUGAUCAUAAAUCGUUAAAUAUGAAAGAAAGUCUGAUUAUUUUCAAAAAUGGAGAAAAUGUUAUUAUGUUUCAUACUGACGAUAAUCGUUUACGGUUGUAUUGUUGCAAUAUGUUUUCUAUGGAUAGUGCUCCUGAAGAACCAUAUAAUUUAAUAUGGGACCGUGGAUCAUUUGUGGCUCUUGAUCCUAAUUUGAGGCCAAAUUAUGUAAAAUUGGUCACAAAUAUAACUACCUCGAAUGUCCGAUGGUUACAGGAAACUUUGAAUUAUCCACCCGGUGUUCACAAUACUGCUCCAUGUAGUUCAACUGAUGAAGAAAUGAAAUUAUUGUAUGAUAAAGAAUACAAUAUGAAAGUGUUACAAUAUGAAAACAUCAAAUUUCACAUUUUCCCCAAUGCAGAAUAUUGUUUUGUACGUUUAUUGCUUUUGACUAAAAGGCAGUCCUGUCAGUAAUAAUAUAUAUAUGUUGUAUAUUUGGUAAUCAGACAAUCAACUGAUCAAUAUUCUUUUCUCUCUCAAAUUUUGGGGCAAAAGUAUACAACGAAUAGUUUUGGGCUCAUAUCAUUCUCAAGAUUAAUAGUAUAACGUUAAUUUAUUGAUAAUUCAUCGGUAUUUACCUGAACUCAAAUUGAGAAUUUAUAGGACACUAUUAAUCCUACACUCACUAAUCAUCUAUAAAGUAUUUAUUUAUCGAUCGUUAUUUUAUUUGAUGAUUAAUUGUAAUAAAACGGAUUUUUUUUUCAAGUA